UGUAUAAAAAGUUCAAAGGGUCAGCGACCUAUAAACUCAACCAGGCCUGUGUUUUGCCUCGGUGAUAACGAGUGACAGAUCGAAAAAUCAAAGUGUAAGUUAUUGUUGUCCUGAUGAACAAGAUGUUGUCGAAUCGGACGUAUGUCAUCGGUGUGGGGAUGACACGGUUUUUUAAACCUCUCACCAGAGAAUGGGACUAUCCUGAUAUGGCCAGGGAGUCAGGUCAAGCUGCUUUGGCAGAUGCUGGCAUCAGCUACAAGGACGUCCAGGCGGUUGUUGCCAGCUACUGCUACGGAGAGCCAACGAGCGGCCAGAGAGCUGUCUAUGAGUUGGGCCUAACUGGCGUGCCUGUGUUCAAUGUCAACAACAACUGCUCUUCUGGUUCAACUGCACUGAUGAUGGCUCGACGUCUUGUCAUGAGCGGGAUAGAAGACUGUGUCCUUGCUCUAGGGUUUGAGAAGAUGGAAGGUGGACUGUCAGAAAAAUAUACCGACCGCACAUCUCCCGUCAAGAAACACAUGGACCACAUGGUCGAUCUCGGUGCUAAGCCUGGCCUGAUAAGUCCCAACAUGAACGACAUGACUUCAGACGUCAUCAAACUGUUUGCGUACGCUGCCCAGGAGUACAUGAAGAAAUACCCGAAAGGUGCGCAAGAAGCUUUGGUGCAGAUCGCCUACAAGAACAGAAAACAGGGUGUGAACAACCCGAGAGCAUCUUUCCAGAAAGAGAUGGAUAUGAAGACAAUUGCCACCAAAGCCAUGCUGUGCCCACCUAUCACGUUUGGUAUGACAGCUGCUACAGCAGAUGGGAGCGCAGCCGUUAUUGUGUGCAGUGAGAACUUUGUGAAAAAACAUAAGCUACAGGACAGGGCAGUGGAGAUCUUAGCACAGAAUAUGGUCACAGAUCUACCAAAUUCAUUUGAGCGAUCGUUCAUGGAUUUGAGUGGUUAUUCCAUGGCAAGAGAGGCUGCCAAGAAGUGUUUUAACGAAACAAAAUUGUGUCCCAAAGAUGUUGAUGUAUUUGAGGUCCACGACUGUUUUUCCUGCAAUGAGCUCUUCAUGUAUGAGGCUCUAGGACUGUGUCCUGAGGGGACUGGUGUGUCUUUGGUGGAAAAUUCUGAGUGGAAAACCAAUAGGAAUGGUGGAGAGUUAUUGUACUUGGACAAGAAAUGGGUUGUCAACCCUUCUGGAGGUCUGGAGUCAAAAGGCCACCCAAUAGGAGCAUCAGGUCUGGGCCAGUGUGCGGAGCUGGUAUGGCAGUUGCGAGGAGAGGCAGACAAAAGACAGGUGGAGGGUGCUAAGGUCGCCAUGCAACACAACUUUGGCAUUGGGGGAGCUGCUGUUGUCACCAUGUAUGGAAAAGCCGAUCAAAAGUUGCUCUCCAGGAUUUGAAGCUCAGAAUAGUUUAUGUUGAUAAAAAAAGGGGGGGGGGGG